AUGACCGUCAGCGCGUUCCGCACCUUUCUCUCUCCCAGCCACUCCAGCUCGAAAGAUGACAUUGGCGUCACUGUGAUACACCGCGCCGCCUUUUUCGAGCAGUUACGAUGCGACAAAGUUUAUGCCUCCAGGUUCUAUUGGUCUGAAGGCUGCUCUUACGCGAUUGGGGCCAGGACCUUUGGAGAACUCUGCAGGAUAGCGACUGUGGACGAUGCCAACGUCCACCUGGUGUGUAUUCCCCAAGGACCCUUCUUUAACCGCGAUCAGCGUCCCGCGCCUGGGGUGACCGCAUCCCUGGAGGAUACAAUCUCGAAGGCGGAGAAAUCCAAACGGAUCCCAGAUUUCCAAGUUCUUCUCACCGAGAUAAUGGGCGAGGAGCACGUAGACUCCCUACUUGCUUGCUGGGCCGAGAUAAAACCCUUGGGGGUCCCGGGAAGUCCGACACCUGAACGGAUUCUAAGAGUGAUGGAGGCGGCAAUUCCGCAGGUCAACGACCAGGCCGCGCACGCGUUCAAAACGAUCCCGAAGGGUGAAGUCUUUUACGCCUUCAUUAUCGUCGUCACUACUUUCACUCUUCUCCGGUAUACUCGCCCUACUCCCCCUACGGCAUCGGCCAGUCAGUCGAAGUCAGGAUCGAACAACCAGCCGGACACCUUGGUCAUGCCAGGUCCUCCAGAGGUCGUUUACUGGGGCGAGCAGAUGACGGAUGAUAAGAUGUCCGCUUUCACCCGUGAGUUUCGUGACGCAUUGCACCAGGUCCUUUUUCCCCUCGGGGUCGAGUUGCAGCCCUCUUGGUUCCAAAAGGAGGAGCGAGCUUUUGCUCUGUUGACGACGGAGUCCUUUCAUAUACAACAGCAAUAUGGUCAGACUGUCGUCAACUACGCCUGUGUGCCAGUAGAGGAACGACAACAUGACGAAGUAACAGGCGAAUUUGUGAAAGUUGAUGAGACGGAGACUCCGCCUACCUCUAAGUCCGACCCCACCUACGCCGGUAAUGUUGGCAAGUCCGACUGGAAUCACUCUCCGCUCAAGUCCAGGAGUCGUACUACUAUGCUGGCGAAAAAAGAUAAGGUGGCGAAGAAUACCAAGGAAGGUGAAGGCUCUGGUCAACCGAAGUCGAAGUGA